AUGGGGCUAACUGUCGCCGCCUCAGAUGCUUGCCUUGUCGCCAGCAAAAAGAAAAAUGCGGAGGCGGCAAUCCUUGUGCUCGAUGUCAACAGCAUCAAAGGGCAUGCCGGUUUGAGAGUACCAGGCCUCGGAAAACACCGGCAUGAUGGGCAGCCGUCAAAACCGCAUGCCAACGAACUUCAUAUGAAACGAAUCAUCACUCACUUCUUAGGUGAUGUCUCCUUCGAGACCACCAACCUCCAGAAAAUUGCAGAUACUCUAGAUCAAGCUCAGGGCCAGGAACUGUCGGAUGAUGAUUCAAUUCAUGCAAACGAUGCCACCCCGACAAAUGACUACUCUAUAGAUCCCCUUUCAACUAACACAAUGCAAUGCUCGGACGACGACUGCAAAGUAUUGGGGAAAGGACAGGGCAAAGCAAGCCAAACCAAUUAUUUUUACUUUCACGAAGCUACUUUCCGCGAGAAACUGGACUUCUACUAUACUACUGAGCACCCACUGUCGAUCAAUGAUGCUGGUUGGAUAUGCACUCUUCUCAUGACUUUUGCAGUUGGCACACAGUUUGCCCAUAUGCAGACCAAAUCGACACCUGGUAGCAGUGCGUCUACCACUGAAACUAGUCCUGAUGACCAAAUAGGAUUGGAGCUCUAUCGGUUUUCGUGUCGACUCAUUCCCGAUCUUGUGACGGUUGCAAGUGUGGAGACUGUCCAGGCAUUCUUACUUCUGGGUGUGUAUACUUUGCCAAUCGAUACGGCAGGGUUGGCAUACGUUUACUAUGGACUUGCAAUUAAGAUGGCAAUUCAAAAUGGCAUGCAUCGGAAGCUAUUGGAAGACAACCUCGCCCCAGAGAUUAUUGAGGUGCGAAAUCGACUUUGGUGGUCAGCAUAUUCGCUGGAAAGUCGCAUUAGUAUUCUACAUGGCCGUCCUGGGUCUGUGUCUCCUGCCGAAAUCGAUACCCCCAUGCCUGUCGAUCUUCCCUCCCUAAGAUCAGGCGACCAAUUAACCAACCUACCCAGUUUCACCGCUACGAUUGUCUUAACAAAUCAUUUGGCAAAAGCGGCGGACGCGAUGAGGUCUCUCCGGCGUUGCCAGAGAGCCAGAAAGAAGAAGUAUAUUCGGAGACUUGCCGCAACCCGCGAUCAACUAAGCGCAUGGUGGGAAAGUCUUCCCACUGAAACCCACUGCCGAGAUCUCAAUCCUACUGGAACAUACUUCCGUUGCAAUGUGCACCUUGAAAUCUAUUACACGACAACCUUGAUCUACAUGGGCCGUCCUUUCAUUAUAUCCCAAGCAACACCUGGGUCAUUCAACCUGGACUCGGUCUCGACUGUUCAUGAGGUCUCAGAUAUUGUGAACACUCUUCGACGUGACUCACUUCAUGCGGCACUUCGAGUGAUCGAGCUUUGUCAGCUUUUACAGGACACUGUCGGCCUCGCGCGUGUGUCGUACACCGAAUUCAAUGGGUGUCGCGUUGCUUUAUUGGCGCUCAUUGCCCACAGUAUCAACGAACCAACUACCAGGAUAUCCAGUGUCUUGACUCAAGGCAUGGGGCUUAUCCGUCAGAUCUGUCCCGGGCUGGAAUCCGCGCGAUCUGAGGUGGCUGUGAUCGAAGCCCUUGAACGGGCAAGACAACGAUUGCAUAAUUAUACCAUGGCGGAGCAGAGUGGUGAGACAGAUCAUACAACAGGUUAUGAUCAAUUCACAGAAUGGGCCAGACUUUGGCGAAGUGAUCCGGUGGAUGGUAGUGAUGUCCUAGUCUCCACGAAUUUGGACAUGCCCUAUGAACAGCGCUCGCCCAAUUCUGUUCCUUCUUUUGAUGGAUUUUUCUCAUCUUUCCCCAAUGAGCUAGGUGAAUUUGCUGCCAUUCCGGGGCUAGAUUACGAUUUGUCACUAGCCCAGGAAUGGCUGGAUGGCCCUCAACCUGAUGGCUCUGAAUGGAUCAUGAAUCAACCACUCUGA